AUGGCUACCCGUGCAAUUGAGGCGCGCUUCGAGCGCAUGUCCGUCAACGAUGAGAAUGAUCCCCUUGGCGACGGCUCUAAGCUCUACAGCAAGACAAAGACUAUGGUCUCAUCUACCACAUCACAAAGUAUACAUGGAGCAUCUCGACCCAACCUCUUCAAAGUCGCUCUCCAGUCGCAAAGCAGCAAUACCAACGCCGCUGUGAUGUUGCCAUCCCAGGCUGCUCAACGAAAAGUCAAUAACGCGCCUCCAUCUCCUACAAGAAAAGCACUUCCAUCUUCCUCCAGGACGUCGGAUGAAGCCCAAGAUGAACGAAAAUCAGUUACACUGCCAGAGCAAAUCAGCGUCCCUAAGCAGUUUCACCUCGGCAUGUUCGAGAUCGGUCGGCCCCUGGGCAAGGGCAAGUUUGGACGAGUGUAUCUUGCUCGAGAGAGAACAACAGGCUUCAUCUGCGCCCUCAAGGUCCUCCAUAAGAAUGAAUUGCAAGCAGGCCGUGUUGAGAAGCAGGUUCGCCGAGAGAUUGAGAUUCAAAGCAACCUGAGACACCCCAACAUUCUUCAGCUCUACGGCCACUUCCACGAUAGUAAGCGAGUAUUCUUGAUUCUCGAAUUCGCUGGCAAGGGUGAACUGUACAAACACCUCCGAAAAGAGAGCCGGUUCCCCGAGUGGAAGGCAGCCCAGUACAUUGCCCAGAUGGCAUCGGCAUUGCGCUACCUGCAUCGGAAGCAUGUCAUCCAUCGAGAUAUCAAGCCUGAGAACAUAUUGGUUGGCAUCCAUGGUGAGAUCAAAAUCUCGGAUUUCGGAUGGAGUGUGCACGCUCCCAACAACCGAAGGAAGACCAUGUGUGGUACUCUUGACUACCUCCCUCCAGAGAUGAUCAAGCCCGGUACCUCUGACAACUUUUACAACGAGAAGGUUGACCUGUGGAGUUUGGGCGUCCUGACGUAUGAGUUCCUCGUGGGUGAAGCGCCCUUCGAGGAUACGCCAGUGAUGACUCAACGAAGGAUUGCUCGUGCUGACAUGUCGAUUCCUUCAUGGGUCAGUUCUGAGGCUACUGACCUCAUCAAGAAGCUCCUGGUGUUGGACCCUGAGAAGCGAAUUCCUCUUGAGCAGAUUCAACAGCAUCCCUGGAUCAUCAAGCACUGCGUCAAGGGUGAGCGUGCUUCUAACCGCGAGAAGGGGCAAUAA